CUUUCCUAGUACACAACCUCUCUGGUAGUCUUCUCCCUGAGUUGGAAGAGCAAGACGCCAUGAGGAGGAAUGACUAUUAUAUCCCUGUAUCCGGCGAGGAGAAGGCAGCUGACUUUGGGAACACUAAGGAUGGUGGCGUUAGCAAAUAUAGCAAGUAUGACUCCAUCCCAUUGAACUCCCUCACGUCAGAUGAGGCAGCCUCAGGCCCAAAUCAGGGGCCUACAUUCCAGGACGGCCAGCGGCGGGUGGACUAUGUUCUCACAUAUCAUGUCCAGAAACCCCAGAGUGUUCGCCGCAAGACAUCCCGGUUUGCAGAUUACCGCAUCCUCAGGAGCCUGCGCCGCAGUCUGAGCGUGAUGCGAAGUGGGGACACGCCACCAUCCAAAGAAGACCCUGAGAUUGCUGCCCACAAGCAUCGCCUUGACUACCAUGAGGAUGACAAGCGCUUCCGCCAGACUGAGUUUGAGGAUAACCUUCGAGAGAUGGGACUGGAGCUUGAGAAGGAUGAGGGGAACAAAAUCCCAGGAAUUGGCUUCCUGAAGAUCCAUGCUCCCUGGGAUGUGCUCUGUCGGGAGGCAGAAUUCAUGAAGCUCAAGAUGCCCACCAAAAAGGUGUACGAAGUCAAACAGGGAGGUAAUGUGGUGGAGAGGAUCAAUCUGUUCAUCCACAAAGUGACUGCGCCACUUCAUCCUAAAGUGGAACCAAAUAGACCCCAAAAUGUGAAGCAUCUUUCCCACCCGUUCUCCCGGGAAAAGCAGCACCUGUUUGAUCUCUCAGACAGAGAUUCUUUCUUCGACAGCAAAACCAGGGCCUCAAUAGUAUAUGAAGUGUUGAAACGUACAAGAUGCACGAAAGCCAAAUACACCAUGGGAAUCACCAGUCUCCUUGGCAACGGUGUUUACACUGCUGCGUACCCUCUUCACGAUGGGGAUGUUGACGGCAAGGGGGCGGAGGCCAAUGACAGAAAGAUCUUGUAUGAAGAAUGGGCAAGCUACAGUGUCUUCUACAAGUACCAACCAAUUGGGUUAAUCAGGAAGUACUUUGGGGAGAAGAUUGGCCUGUACUUUGCCUGGCUGGGGGUUUACACCCAGAUGCUGAUCCCUGCUGCCAUAGUGGGGGUCAUCGUGUUCCUGUACGGCUGUGCGACUGUGGACAAUGACAUUCCCAGCAUGGAGAUUUGUGAUCCGAGAAACAACAUCACCAUGUGCCCACUGUGUGACCGCGCUUGCAGCUACUGGAAGCUGAAGACCGCAUGCGGCACGGCCAGGGCCAGCCAUCUUUUUGACAACCCGGCCACUGUCUUCUUCUCCAUCUUCAUGGCCCUCUGGGCUACCAUGUUCAUGGAGCACUGGAAGAGAAGGCAAAUGAGACUCAAUUACAUCUGGGAUUUGACUGGCUUUGAAGAGGAAGAGCAGGCGCACAAGGACCACCAUAGGGCUGAGUAUGAGAUCCAAGUCAUGCAGAAGACCCUGAGGAAACAGGAUAUGUCUCCCAAGGAUAAAAAAGUGAAACUGACAUGUACAGACCGUGCACCAGCAUAUAUGAUGGGAUUUUUCAUCAUGCUUUUUAUGGUUGGUGUGACCUUUGCUGUAGUGUUCGGGGUCAUCCUGUACAGAAUCUCCAUCAAGGCUGCCUUACACAUGAGCUCCAAUCCCACGGCUCGCUCCAACAUCCGGGCAACUGUCAAGGGCACAGCUGCUGUCAUCAACCUGGUGAUUAUCAUCAUCAUGGAUGAGGUCUACGGUGCCGUAGCUCGCUGGCUCACUCUUCUUGAGGUGCCAAAGACUGACAAGAGUUUUGAGGAGAGGCUGAUAAUCAAGACCUUUGUUCUGAAGUUUGCCAAUGCCUUCUCCCCCAUCGUCUACCUGGCCUUCUUCAGGGGCAGAAUGGUUGGGCGUCCUGGGGACUAUGUGUAUGUUAUCGGGUCAUACAGGAUGGAGGAGUGUGCCCACGCAGGCUGUCUGAUGGAGCUGUGCAUUCAGCUCUGCAUCACCAUGCUUGGCAAACAGCUCAUCCAGAACAACCUGUUUGAAAUCGGCAUCCCUAAAAUAAAGAAGAUGAUCAGGCGUCGGAAGUCUGACAUGGACUCUCAGCAGCAGGAGGACUAUAACAUGACCCUACAGCGUCAUGAGAAGGACCACUUCCUGGGUCCCUUUGUGGGCCUCAGCCCAGAGUACAUGGAGAUGAUCAUCCAGUUUGGGAUGGUGACCCUGUUUGUGGCCUCCUUUCCCUUGGCGCCACUCUUUGCUCUGCUCAACAACAUCAUCGAGAUCCGUCUGGAUGCUAAGAAGUUUGUCACAGAGGUCAGGAGGCCCAUCGCAGCCAGAGCAAAAGACAUUGGCAUCUGGUAUAAUCUUCUGAGAGGGCUCAGCAAAGUAGCAGUCAUUGUAAAUGCGUUUGUGAUUUCCUUUACGUCAGACUUCAUCCCUCGACUAGUCUACCAGUACAUGUACAGCCCCGAUGGCUCCAUGCACGGCUUUGUCAACCACACUCUGUCCUACUUCAACGUCAGUGACUUCCAGCCUGGCACUGCCCCUCUGCAGCCUAUGCACCUGGGGUAUGAAGUGCAGAUAUGCAGAUACAAAGACUACAGAGAGACACUAUGGUCCAACACCCCCUAUGACCUCUCCAAGGAGUUCUGGGCUAUACUGGCUUGCCGGCUGGCCUUUGUCAUUGUUUUUCAGAAUGUGGUGAUGCUGAUGAGUGACUUUGUUGACUGGCUGAUCCCAGACAUCCCCAAGGACAUCAGUCUGCAGAUCCACAAGGAGAAGAUCCUCAUGGUGGAGCUCUUCAUGAAGGAGGAAGAGGGCAAGAAGCUCCUCCGAGACAACCACACCAACCAAAGUCCUUUUCAGCCCCGCUCUCGCCCUGCCUCGCAUACACAUUCUAACUGCUAG